AUGCCUUCCGUCACCGCUGACCAGUGGCUUGAGGCCGCAGCUUACCGUCGCAGCGUUCACGGUUUAGCGGGCACCUCCAAAGUAUCGGACAAACGCGUUGAGGAAAUUGUGGCCAAAGUCCUCGACUUUGCCCCUUCAUCUUACAACACCCAGCCCGUCCGCAUUUCGCUCGCUUUCGGGGAGAAACACAAAGAACUAUGGAGCAUUAUCCUCGAGAAAGCCGAGCCGAUCCUCGAGCGCAUCAAUCCUGAGCUAUGGAAGAAGUUAAGAACAUUGUUCCAAUCUCAUCAGGCGGCAUAUGGAUCGGUUCUCUUCUGGGAACGCACUGAAACGACCAAAGAAGCCGCUGAGACACACAAAGCCACCGCGCACAUGUUCGGGGAAUGGGGUGAGCACGCACAGGGCAUUCAUCAAAUCCUCGUAUGGACGGCACUGGAACUCGAGGGCGUCGGCGCCAACCUGCAGCACAUGAAUUCUCUCGCACCGAUCGAGGCAGCGAUCAAGAAGUUUGCGGGUGUGCCUGAGGGCUACAAGCUGAAAGCCCACUUGAAUUAUGGAGAUGAGCAAAGACCUCAUCCGGAGAAGCCGGAGAAGUUGCCGAUCACGGACCUGUUGAAUGUUCUGUGA